UGGUUCAAACACUGUAUAUCUUUCCUCUGAGUGGAAGCUGUGUCUGUGUCCUGCAGGUCUGCUAGGAUGGCUCGCAUGUCUGUUUUCAGAUUCUCAGCUCUGGCUCUGCUGCUGCUGUCUGCCUGCUGUUGGGCCGACAAUGAGGCAGAGGAUGACUCAGCGGAGCUUUCUGUCUCUGAACUUCUGGAGAGAGCCAACAGUAAUCUGAUCCGUUCUGCCAAUGAUCCCAUCCUGACUGAAGGAGACAUCGCCAUCGCCAGCGAGGACGAGAGAAACGCCGACCCCUGCACCAGCAAAGGCUGCAAGUGGGGCAAAAACUCUGACGGGAAGGUCUACGUUCCUUAUUACAUCACCAACCACUUCUCCGACCGGGAGAAGGCUAUCAUCACCCGUGGACUGGAGUCCUUCUCUUCCUUCUCCUGCAUCCGCUUCAGGCCAAGCAGAAGCAGCGACCGCGACUGGCUGAGCAUCGAGUCCCAGAAUGGCUGCUACUCCUUCGUUGGCCGUCGUGGUGGGAAGCAGGUGGUGUCUCUGGCCCGCAGGGGAUGCCUUUACCACGGCACGGUGCAGCACGAGCUGCUCCACGCUCUGGGCUUCAACCAUGAACAGACCCGCUCUGACAGGGACAACCACAUCAAAGUCCUGCUGCAAAACGUUCAGUCUGGAAUGGAGCACAACUUUAGAAAGAUCGCCACCCUGAACCAGGGCACUCCCUACGAUUACAACUCUGUCAUGCAGUACCACAAAACCGCCUUCUCCAAGAACAACCAGCCCACCAUGGUCCCCAUCCCCAACGCCAACGUGUCCUUUGGCAACGCUAAGGAGAUGAGUCGCAACGACAAAGCCAGGCUCAACACUCUCUACAAGUGCUAAGAAUCGUUUUCAGAUGUGCUGACAGACGAUCAGAGGCUCCCUGACCAACAGAAGCUGCAGCCCUGAACUCAUCAGCACAACAGCCAAUGAUCAUUCAAUAAAGUUUUUCUAACUGCAA